AUGUCAUUUAUGCAGGACUCGUGCUAUUGCAUUUACGCACUGUAUGUUGUAUCCCAGGCCCGUGAUGACAUCCUGAACGGCUCCCACCCUGUCUCCUUUGAUAAGGCCUGUGAGUUUGCCGGAUAUCAGUGCCAGAUCCAGUUCGGAGACCACAAUGAGUUGAAACACAAACCAGGAUUCCUUGAUUUGAAAGAAUUCUUGCCCAAAGAGUACAUCAAGAACAAGGGUGAGAAAAAGAUCUUCCAGGCACACAAAAACUGCCAAAACAUGACAGAGAUUGAGGCCAAAGUCAGCUACGUCAAACUGGCCAGAUCUCUGAAAACCUAUGGAGUGUCCUUCUUCUUAGUCAAGGAAAAAAUGAAAGGAAAGAAUAAGCUUGUUCCGCGUUUGUUGGGCAUCACUAAAGAGUGUGUGAUGAGAGUGGAUGAGAAGACCAAAGAGGUGAUUCAGGAGUGGAGUCUGACCAACAUCAAACGCUGGGCCGCUUCUCCCAAGAGCUUCACGCUGGACUUUGGAGACUAUCAGGAUGGUUACUACUCUGUUCAGACCACUGAAGGAGAGCAGAUUGCGCAACUCAUCGCUGGUUACAUCGAUAUCAUUCUCAAAAAGAAAAAGAGCAAAGAUCACUUCGGCCUGGAAGGUGACGAAGAAUCAACCAUGCUGGAGGACUCGGUAUCUCCCAAAAAAUCAACAGUUCUCCAGCAGCAGUUUAAUAAGGUCGGGAAGGUGGAGACGGGCUCUGUCGCUCUGCCGGCCAUUAUCCGCUCUGGUGCCGGCGGUCCGGAGAGCUUCCAGAUGGGCUCCAUGCCACAGGCCAACCAGCACAUCACCAGCGGACAGAUGCACCGAGGACACAUGCCCCCUCUGACAUCAGCUCAGCAGGCUUUGACCGGCACCAUUAACUCCAGUAUGCAGGCGGUGCAGGCAGUUCAGGCCUCUCUCGAUGAGUUCGACGCGCUGCCUCCACUGGGCACUGAUGCGGCCUCUCAAGCAUGGAGAAAGAACAAAAUGGACGAGUCCAAACACGAGAUUCACUCUCAGGUGGAUGCCAUCACUGCGGGAACUGCCUCCAUGGUCAAUCUGACUGCAGGUGACCCAGCAGAGACGGAUUACACCGCUGUGGGCUGUGCUGUCACCACCAUCUCCUCCAACCUGACCGAGAUGUCUAAGGGUGUCAAACUGCUGGCGGCGCUGAUGGAGGACGAGGGAGGAAAUGGCCAACAGCUUCUGGGUGCUGCCAAGAGCCUGGCGUGUGCUGUGUCUGAGAUGCUCAAGACGGCUCAGCCCACCAGUACUGAGCCGCGACAGAACCUCCUGCAGGCAGCGGGUAAUGUGGGUCAGGCCAGCGGUGAACUCCUGCAGCAGAUCGGAGAGUCCGAUGCGGAUCAGCACUUCCAGUCUGUAGGUACAGCAGCGUUCACACACUCCAGACGGACACGCUAUAGUCAAAUGCUGGACAUGUUGAUGCAGUUGGCGAAGGCUGUGGCUAAUGCAGCGGCGGCUCUGGUGUUAAAGGCCAAGAAUGUGGCUCAGAAAACAGAGGAUUCAGCUCAACAGAACCGAGUGAUUGCUGCUGCCACCCAGUGCGCCCUCUCCACGUCACAGCUGGUGGCCUGCACACGAGUGGUGGCUCCCACCAUCAACUCACCCGUGUGUCAGGAGCAGCUCAUCGAGGCCGGGAAGCUGGUGGCUAAGUCUGUGGAGGGCUGUGUGGAGGCGUCACAGGGGGCGACCAGUGACGAGCAGCUGCUCAGACAGGUGGGCGUGGCUGCCACAGGUGUCACUCAGGCUCUUAAUGAGCUGCUGCAGCAUAUCAGACAGUACGCCAGUGGAGGACAGCCAAUCGGACGGCACGGAGAGGCCACUGACCGCAUCCUGGACGUGACGGAUAACAUCUUCAGCUCCAUGGGAGACGCAGGGGAGAUGGUGCGACAGGCUCGGAUCCUUGCUCAGGCCACCUCAGAUUUAGUCAAUGCUAUCAAGGCCGACGCGGAGGGCGAGACUGACCUGGAGAACUCCCGCAAACUCCUGUCUGCAGCCAAACUCCUGGCUGACGCCACGGCCAAGAUGGUGGAAGCUGCAAAGGGUGCAGCUGCUAACCCGGACAGCGAGGAGCAGCAGCAGAAGCUGCGUGAAGCUGCCGAGGGUCUGCGCAUGGCCACCAACGCUGCGGCACAGAAUGCCAUCAAAAAGAGACUGGUCAACAAACUGGAGAAUGCAGCAAAACAGGCCGCGGCGGCUGCCACUCAGACUAUCGCUGCAGCGCAACACGCCGCUUCCUCCAACAAGAACCCUGCGGCCCAGCAACAACUCGUGCAGAGCUGCAAGGGGGUGGCGGAUCAGAUCCCUCAGCUGGUUCAGGGUGUGAGAGGGAGCCAGGCUCAGCCCGACAGCCCCAGCGCCCAGCUCGCCCUGAUCGGAGCCAGUCAGAACUUCCUGCAGCCCGGGGCGAAAAUGGUGACCGCGGCCAAAGCUACGGUUCCCACCAUCAGUGACCAGGCGUCUGCCAUGCAGCUCAGUCAGUGCUCCAAAACCCUGGCCAGCGCUCUCGCUGAGCUGCGCACGGCCGCACAGAAGAGACUUGUUGAUAUGCAUAUGAAUGGAGCUCACGCACAGGCGCGUUCCUCUCUGUGUUCAGGGGAGAUGGUGCGACAGGCUCGGAUCCUUGCUCAGGCCACCUCAGAUUUAGUCAAUGCUAUCAAGGCCGACGCGGAGGGCGAGACUGACCUGGAGAACUCCCGCAAACUCCUGUCUGCAGCCAAACUCCUGGCUGACGCCACGGCCAAGAUGGUGGAAGCUGCAAAGGGUGCAGCUGCUAACCCGGACAGCGAGGAGCAGCAGCAGAAGCUGCGUGAAGCUGCCGAGGGUCUGCGCAUGGCCACCAACGCUGCGGCACAGAAUGCCAUCAAAAAGAGACUGGUCAACAAACUGGAGAAUGCAGCAAAACAGGCCGCGGCGGCUGCCACUCAGACUAUCGCUGCAGCGCAACACGCCGCUUCCUCCAACAAGAACCCUGCGGCCCAGCAACAACUCGUGCAGAGCUGCAAGGGGGUGGCGGAUCAGAUCCCUCAGCUGGUUCAGGGUGUGAGAGGGAGUCAGGCUCAGCCCGACAGCCCUAGCGCCCAGCUCGCCCUGAUCGGAGCCAGUCAGAACUUCAUGCAGCCCGGAGCGAAAAUGGUGACCGCGGCCAAAGCUACGGUUCCCACCAUCAGUGACCAGGCGUCUGCCAUGCAGAGUUGGAUAAAACUGUUUCACGAACACACUGUGUGCGAGUGUGACUGCGAGUGUGACUGCGAGUGUGACUGCGAGUGUGAGCGUGAAAGUGACGGCUGUUCUGUGUGUCUCUCACAGGGGGCGUAUCUGGUGGGUGUGUCUGACCCGAACAGUCACGCUGGGCAGAAGGGGCUUGUGGACCCCUCACAGUUCGCCAGAGCCAAACAGUCGAUCCAGAUGGCCUGUCAGAACCUAGUGGACCCGGCCUGCACCCAGUCCCAGGUCCUCUCUGCUGCCACAAUUGUUGCCAAACAUACUUCGGCCUUGUGCAACGCCUGCCGACUCGCCUCCUCCAAAACAUCCAACCCAGUUGCUAAGAGACAGUUCGUCCAGAGUGCCAAAGAGGUGGCGAACAGCACCGCCAACCUCGUCAAGUCCAUCAAAGCUCUUGAUGGGGCCUUUAACCAGGAGAACAGACUGAAGUGUAAGGAAGCCACUGGGCCGCUCAUCGAGGCUGUGGAUAACCUGACUGCCUUCGCUUCAAACCCAGAGUUUGCUAGCGUACCUGCACAGAUCAGCCCAGAGGGUCUGGCAGCGAUGGAGCCCAUCGUAGCAGCCGCUAAGACCAUGCUGGAGAGCUCUACAGGCCUGAUCCAGAUGGCCCGCUCACUGGCCGUCAACCCCAAAGACCCGCCCAAAUGGUCUGUGCUGGCUGGACACUCCAGAACAGUGUCCGACUCCAUCAAGAAACUCAUCACCAACAUGAGGGAGAAGGCUCCAGGUCAGAGGGAGUGUGAUGACGCCAUUGAGGUUCUUAAUGCGGCUCACACACAGGAGGCUCUGGAGGAGUCGGUUCAGAUGAUGAAGGAGGCGGUGGAUGAUCUGGCUGCGACUCUGUCAGAGGCGGCUAGUGCUGCAGGAGCAGUGGGCGGCAUGGUCAACUCCAUCUCUCAAGCCAUCAAUAAGAUGGAAGACGGACCUGGAAUCGAACCGGAAGGAACGUUUGUGGAUUAUCAGACCACGAUGGUGAAGACGGCUAAAGCUAUCGCUGUGACCGUUCAGGAGAUGGUUACCAAAUCCAACACUAACCCUGAUGAGCUGGGCGGUUUGGCCAAUCAGCUGACCACAGAGUUCGGUGACCUGGCGUCCGAGGCCAGAUGUGCAGCCAUGACUGCCGAGAAUGACGAGAUCGGCUCACACAUCAGGAAGCAGGUGACAGAGCUGGGCUACAGCUGCACUGGUCUGGUCAGUAAAGCAGGAGCGCUGCAGUGCAGUCCAAACGACUCCUACACCAAAAAAGAGCUCAUCGACAGCGCUCGGAAAGUCUCCGAGAAGGUGUCUCACGUGUUAGCAGCUCUUCAGGCGGGCAAUCGUGGCACUCAGGCCUGCAUUACUGCUGCCAGUGCUGUUUCUGGCAUCAUCGCUGAUCUGGACACCACCAUCAUGUUUGCCACCGCAGGCACUCUCAACCGAGAGAACGCCGAGACGUUUGCAGACCACAGAGAGCACAUCCUGAAGACGGCUAAAGUUCUGGUGGAGGACACGAAGCUGCUGGUGUCUGGAGCAGGAGCAAGUCAAGAGAAACUGGCUCAGGCUGCGCAGUCGUCUGUUAACACCAUCACUAAACUGGCUGAUGUGGUCAAACUGGGAGCGGCCAGUCUGGGCGCUGAAGACCCUGAGACACAGGUGGUUCUGAUCAAUGCAGUGAAGGACGUGGCUAAAGCUCUGGGUGACCUGAUCAGCGCCACGAAGGCUGCGUCCGGCAAACCUCACGACGAUCCUGCCAUGUUACAGCUCAAGAACUCUGCUAAGGUGAUGGUGACAAAUGUGACGUCUCUACUGAAGACGGUGAAGGCCGUGGAGGACGAGGCCACUAAAGGCACACGAGCACUAGAGGCCACCAUAGAGCACAUCAAACAAGAGCUGGCUCAAGCGGCGUUCCACCCGGAGGUGAAGCGAGACGUUCAGGAUCGAGCGCUGCGCUUCGGCUCGGAGUGUGCCACAGGAUACCUGGGUCUGCUGGAGCACGUGCUAGUGAUCAUUCAGAAACCAAGUCAUGACCUUAAACAGCAGCUGGCACACUUCUCCAAACGUGUGGCCGGUUCAGUGACGGAGCUCAUACAGGCUGCGGAGGCCAUGAAAGGUACCGAGUGGGUCGAUCCUGAGGACCCGACUGUCAUCGCCGAAAAUGAGCUGCUGGGAGCCGCAGCUGCCAUUGAAGCUGCCGCCAAGAAACUAGAGCAGCUCAAACCCCGAGCCAAACCCAAGGAAGCUGAUGAGAGUCUAAACUUCGAGGAGCAGAUUCUGGAAGCAGCCAAAUCCAUCGCUGCAGCCACAAGCGCUCUGGUCAAAGCUGCAUCUGCCGCUCAGAGAGAGCUGGUGGCUCAAGGGAAGGUCGGGGCGAUCCCAGCAAACGCAGUGGAUGAUGGACAGUGGUCACAGGGUCUCAUUUCUGCUGCGCGUAUGGUGGCUGCAGCUACUAACAACCUGUGCGAAGCGGCUAACUCUGCUGUUCAGGGUCACGCCAGUGAGGAGAAACUCAUUUCUUCAGCCAAACAGGUGGCAGCAUCCACCGCUCAGCUGCUGGUGGCCUGUAAGGUCAAGGCUGACCAGGACUCCCAGACCAUGAAGAGACUGCAGGCCGCAGGUAAUGCCGUCAAGAGGGCAUCAGAUAACCUGGUGAAGGCGGCUCAGAAGGCUGCGUUUGAGGCUCAAGAUGAUCAGGCUGUGAUGGUGAAGAGCAAGAUGGUGGGCGGUAUCGCUCAGAUCAUCGCUGCUCAGGAGGAGAUGCUCAGGAAGGAGAGAGAGCUGGAGGAGGCCAGGAAGAAGCUGGCCAUGAUCCGACAGCAACAGUACAAGUUCCUGCCGUCAGAGCUCAGAGAGGAUGGACAGGAUCAGUGAGCCGCAUCAUAGACUAAUCAAUGACAUUCAGAGUUUGAGAAAAGUAAUUAAUGAUAUGCAAUGAGUAAAAAGUGAACUAUGUAUCAGGAUGUCUAUUUUAAAAGUGUUUUGUUUAUUUCUGUCACUUUUUUGAGAAUUGCCAUGACAACUUUGUUUUGUUGUAUUUGGAUAAUAUGCAGCAUAUACAAAUCCUUUUUAAUUUCUUCUAAUAGAUCUAUACAUUUUCUUUUCAUUUCUAGAUGAAUUAGUUGAGCAGUGUGUUUUGAAAGCUCGUGAUCAUGGCAGGGGCCAAACAGUGUUUGUAAGCUUUUCAAGAAAACAUUUGAACUUUCAAUUUUUUUCCUUUUUAUUUUUAUUUUUUUGUAUGGCAAUUUGGACCAGUGGUGCAAUGAUUAACUUUGCGUUUAAACAAUUCAUAGAGAAAACAUAUCAUUUUCUAAAUAAAAGAAUAAUAAAGCUUUGAAAUGUUA